UAUUUUAGAGUAAAGAAUGGCGCCGUUCCUUUCUUACGUCAAAUAAAAUAAAGAAAGGCAGUAGACUAACACGAAUCCUUAGUUUUUCAGAAGCUCUCUUCUCUCUCUCUCCGUCUUCGACUUAGCUGUUUCCCAAUUUACAGGAACAGAAUUGAUCAAUGGGAGAGACGGGGAAGCGGUAUCGUUCGCAGAGGGACCGAGAUUACGAUGGCGGGAACAAGAACCAGAAGAGGCGGAUGAAUGACAGAGAAGAUAGGGGCGGUGGCGACGAGGUUGUUGUGUACAGGAUUCUAUGCCCUGUUGGGGUCAUUGGAAGCGUGAUUGGGAAGAGUGGGAAAGUGAUCAAUUCGAUUAGACAGGAUAGUAGAGCUAAGGUGAAGGUUGUGGAUCCAUUUCCGGGUGCGAAAGAUAGGGUCAUAACUAUUUAUAGCUAUGUUAGGGAUAAGGAGGAGGUUGAUGUUGAUGAUGAGUUCAGUAGUGAUAGGGAGCCCUUGUGUGCUGCACAGGAUGCUCUAUUUAAAGUGCAUUCUGCUAUUUCGAAUGCGCUGGCUGCUGCUGGAGAUUCUGAUAAGAGAAGGAGGGAUAAGGAAGAGUGUCAGAUUCUUGUCCCGGCUAGCCAGUGUGCUAAUGUGAUAGGGAAGGCCGGGUCGACCAUAAAGAAACUGAGGAGCAGGACGAGGACGAAUAUUAAGGUCACUGCAAAAGAUGCCUCUGAACCAACACAUUCAUGUGCAAUGGACUUUGACAACUUUGUUAUGAUAAAUGGAGAAUCAGAAGCAGUGAAAAAAGCAUUAUUUGCAGUUUCUGCAAUCAUAUACAAGUUUCCUGCACGAGAACAGAUUCCUCUUGAUACAACAGUACCGGAAGCCCCUCCCAGCAUAAUAAUUCCAUCGGAUAUGCCGAUUUAUCAACCGGGUGGAUUAUAUAACCCUGCAGAUCCUAUUAUUCCUUCUAGAUCCCUACCUCCACUCCUAAAUGCUACACAUGUACAGGAUCUUCAGGGUUAUGCGGAUACAGGGAAUGCAUGGCCCAUAUAUUCAUCUGCUCUUCCUUUAGUUUCUGGUUUCAGUGUGGCAUUGCGAUCUGAGGAGUUAGUUGUGAGAUUACUAUGCCCUUCUGACAAGAUUGGUCGUGUCAUUGGAAAGGGUGGGGGUACCAUUAAAAGCAUAAGGCAGACUAGUGGUGCUCGAGUUGAGGUUGAUGAUACCAAGGAUGACCGUGAUGAGUGCAUAAUCACUGUUACUGCAACAGAGUCACCGGAUGAUAUGAAGUCCAUGGCAGUUGAAGCUGUUCUAUUGUUGCAAGGGAAGAUAAAUGAUGAAGAUGUUGACAAUGUUUCUAUACGGCUUCUUGUUCCGUCUAAAGUUAUUGGUUGUAUUAUUGGAAAAAAUGGUUCAAUUAUAAAUGAAAUACGGAAGAGAACAAAAGCUGACAUCCGUAUUUCUAAAGCUGAUAAGCCUAAAUGUGCUGACGCUAAUGAUGAACUUGUUGAGGUGGCAGGAGAUCUCAGUAGUUUGAGAGAUGCACUUAUUCAGAUUGUUCUAAGGCUCCGAGACGAUGUCUUGAAAGAUAGAGAUGGUGGUCAUAACCCUGCUGUUGGUGCGGAGUCGGUAUACCCGGGUAGCACUGGUCUUCCUUUGCCAUCUGUGCUGCCUUCAGUUCCCCAGGUUGCUCCCUUAGGUUAUGAUCAGAGGGCUGAAAGUGCAAGUGGCUUGGGGAUGCUUUCUUCUAGUGGCCUGUUUGGAUAUGGAUCUCUGCCGAUGGGGGAAGAUGGCUACGGAUCAGUGUCUUCAUAUUCAUCCAAGCUAUAUGGAGGAUUGCCACCCCCUUCAACACUUGAGAUGCUCAUUCCUGCUAAUGCAGCGGGUAAGGUGAUUGGCAAAGGAGGGGCAAAUAUAGCUAACAUUCGGAAGAUAUCAGGAGCAAUGAUAGAGAUUUCCGAGUCCAAAUCUUCACGGGGUGAUCGUAUUGCUCAUAUAUCUGGCACAGUUGAACAGAAGCGGACAGCAGAGAACUUGAUCCAGGCAUUUAUAAUGGCCAUCUAAGUUUUUGGGUGCAACUGGCCAGUUUAAAGUUAACAGUGAUUCUUCCGUAGAAGCAACAUCUGCUGCAAUCAUGACCAAAUCAUUAUGGGAGGCUAGUAUCAAUUGCUUCCCUUUUAGAUACGUGGCAUAGGAAUGUAGAUCUGUAGAUAGGUUCUUUUACAUUAGAGGAUGCAUCAAGAAAGACCACUUGAAACCAUUGUCUUUCCCUUCAAAUUGAUUGUGAUGACAAAAUCAUAUGGGGUAUUUAGAUUCUUUUACAACUGCGUUAUAGCAAUUAAAUGAUAGAUCAAAACACCUCUUGAAAUUCUUUCUUUCCUUCAUAUCAAUCACAAGGAACUGGGUGUGAGUUUGUUAUGAUCAUAGCUAAAAGCUCAUAGAGGUGUGUGCUGAAUCUUUUCUAGGGUUUACUUCAGCUUCAUUUCCGUUCUAGAUUUUGUCAUGUCUCUUGUCAGACUUGCUCUGCGUGCGUGGUACUAUUGUCAAGAGUUUAAUAUAUUCCUGUGAAGUCUAGAUUUUUGUCAGGUACAUUUCAAGUAGUGUAUGUGUGGGUUUCAAGAAAACUAGUUGAGAAGGUGUUUCCCUGCUUGUGGGGGGUUAUGUUAUGUCUGUGGUAUACAGUUGUUGUGGCCGCAUUUUACUGGCUAUUGAUUGCUUGGUACCAAAAUUGAUAUGUGAUGCUUUGACACUGGAACCAUCGCAAGGUUUGUAUUCUUUCAUUUGGGAACAGGAAGUGGAGAAGGAUAUGGGGUUUUGGAAGGGUAUGCAAAAAUGUGUUAAUCACUGAGCAACGUACAUUGUCUGUAUUGUAAACAAUUUUGCAAGUUCUUUACUUAAUCAGAGGUCUAGAAAGCAUAUAUAACAACUUGACCUUUGCUUGUUUGAGAAUUGAUGCUUGAUUAUGAAAUAUAGAUUGAAGAUGAUGAUGAUGUAUGGAAAUGAUGUGUUCUUUUU